CAGGACCAAGCCAGAACUCAAUCAGAGCCACGUCAGAACUCAACCAACCAAGCCAGAACUCAACCAGGACCAAGCCAGAACUCAACCAGCACCACGCCAGAACUCAACCAGGACCAAGCCAGAACUCAACCAGCACCACGCCAGAACUCAACCAGGACCAAGCCAGAACUCAACCAGAGCCAAGCCAGAACUCAACCAGCACCACGCCAGAACUCAACCAGGACCAAGCCAGAACUCAACCAGGACCAGACGACUCCAGACAUUUGAAGAUGAGGAUGGCGCCCCCUGCAGGAGUCGCGGUGCUGAUGCUGCUGGUUUUGACCCGUUUCCACGGCGACGCUUGGCCUCAUCUCCGUAAAGACAGAUGCUCCCCCCCAGGAGAGACGCUCGUCGAGACGCUGAGUCUCCUCCGCAACGUGGGGUCGGCGUUUCCCUCCGAGUGUCACUCGGCCAAUGUGACCCUCCCCCGAAACAUCUCAGCCAAUCACGUCCAGUGCUCGCCUGCGCUACGAUUGGUCCACGAGUUGCUGCGGGGGGUGGGGCUUGUGUUUGACGAGCAGGAGCCAAGUUUGGGCAUGGGCGGAGUCUUGUGGGACGAGAGGAAGUUGGACGAUUUCCAGAAUCUUCUCUACCAAGUCCUGGACCACCCCUGUUUCUUGCAGAUGAACUCAGACUCGUCCGGGAUCUUGGAUCAAUACUUCAGUGACAUCACAACUCUGAUCCAGAGACAGGACGUGUGUGGUUGGUACGUUCUCCGCAGAGAUCUGCUCUGGACCCUCAGAACCUCCCUGAGAAAACAUCACGUCUGCUACAGUUGGAGCCACCUCUAGAUCUGGACCCAGACCCUGACCCAGACCCGGACCCAGACCCGGACCCAGACCCGGACCCAGACCUGAACUGGGACCAGGACCGGGACUCGUUGGAAACUGGAGCACAACCAAAGUUUUACUGAAUAUUUAUUUUAUAUUUAUUUAUAGAA